CGCCGUCCGGACCCGAGCGAAAGGGUCUCGCCGCUCUUCAGUCGUUGGACCACGCGCAACUCUUCCGGGUGUCGAGUGAAUCGGAUCCGCUCUCCGAGCACUCUUCAUUAAUUUUCCCGCGCCCGAACCAUACAUACGCUUGCGUACGCUCGUAUCGGCGCCCGGUGUUUAAUAUUAUUAUCGGUUUUUUUUAAAUUUUUUUUUAUUUCCGAAAGUCGACAGACCGAAGACGCCUUAGACGUGCCUUAGAACGCGCCUAGACGUGUUCCGUACGGUCGUUGUUUCGCCCGUGCGUUUUUCGUGCAUUUGUUUCGCGGACAAUAGACCGCCGAGAGUUUUUAAUAAUAAUAAUAAAAAAAAAAAAAAAGUUCAAUAUUUUAAUAAAUUAUGGCCGUGCCGUUCGACUUUGAUGAAAUACACCCCGAAGGAAACCACUUCACGGUUAUUCAAAAUUUGCUCAGAGAAAUGUUGACUUUGCUCAGAUGGCUGCCGUGGACCGCUAGUGGUGAGUGUUGAUUUUCGUGUAUUUAUCGAUUAAGCGCGGAGUCGGGAACGACGACGUUUUAUGCCGGGGUCUGUUCGAAUUUUUCGGCGGGGAAAAAAAAAUUAAUUUGCGCGAAAAAAAAAACAAUCGUCGUCGGUGAUAGGAAAAAAAAACAACGAAUUUUCUUCGACUAACAAAACGCGUUGUUUGUAUUAUUAUUUUUUCCGACGAAUCGGAAUUAUUAUUUAUUUAUUUAUUUUUUUUUUUUUCUUGUAUUUCGAUACAUAUUUCGCGACGAGACCUCGCGAACGUUGCAAAAUAAAUAUCCACGUGUGGGGAAUUAUAAAAAAAAAAAAAUUACGUAAACGUUUCCGUUGUUGCCGCGGCGGACGUUUGCGAAACGCCGGGCGGAAUAAAAGCCCGGAUCGCGAGUUCACGAGAUUUUCCGGCCGGCGGAUCGCGGACGAAAUACGGGGUGAAAAAAAAUUCGCCGACGACGAAAAAUGGGUGUUGGAAAAAAAAAAUCCGUAAAAAAAAAAAAAAAAUCGCCCGACAUUGAUAGUGUUCCGGUCGGUCGAAAAAAUUUCCCGCGUUCGCCGGUACCAAAGGUCACCCACCCGGACGGACGCGUACCGACGGAAUAGGACCGGGCGCGCUGCUGACUCGCGCGGCUAAGGCGGCGGCCGUCUCGUCCUCGAGAGGCGCGCGCGAUGUGAACGACCCAAUACCCGGCGGAUCGUCUUUAUUCGACGGUUUUUUAUUUUUUUUUGUUGUUGUUAAUACCGUGGGCCGGUAUUAUUGUAACGUUUAAAAAAUAUAAUAUCGUACGCUGAAAAAAAAAAAACCGUCUGGGUACACAGUGAAAUAACUUUCGUUCUGUAUACUUUCCGAAGUAUUUUUUGUUUUUUUUUUUUCCGGUUUUCUCGUCAUAAGUUUAGGUAUGUAUAGGAACCGCUUGUAUAUUUUUCUGAAAUCCAAAACGAAACGAGUUUUUACUGCAGCCAAAUACCGUAACAGAAUUUGAAACAUAUAUUUUCGGCGUGUCAUAAUAUUAUAAUAAUAUCUACUGACGACGAAUCCGUUGGAUUUCUACGUUAUUUUUCGUAGUUUACAAAAUAUACCGUCGCCGAAAUGUACUAUUUUUCACGGUAAAUUUUGCAAACCGUUAAAUAUUGUUCAGGAUAGGCAACAAAAACUGUAUCAUUUAAAUUGUCGUUGACUUCAAAAAAUCGUAAAAAAUCAACUAUCCCGGAUUUUGUAAAAAUGAUUUUUCAAAAAAAAAAAAAAUUAAUUAAAUGUUUUUUUUUUUUGCUUUUAUGAAAAAAAUAAAACAAUCGAGGAAUGUUGAGACUCUAGUGAUUGUCUCGAGAGAAAAUAAAAACUUUAAAAAUAUCGAACUGGAAAAAAAGUUCCCGGGUCGACGCUUGAAAAAUUUGAAUUUUUUUCUCCCACCUCGCCACCAAAGUGUUCCCCUGUAUUUUAUUGGGAACUCCGAUUUUUUUCGUCCCCGCGCCGAAAUUCUUAGAGUAUUUUAAAAUUGUUCGAAAAUUAAUUAAACGCCGUGGAAGAGUUUUUCCGAUUGGAAUUUCAAAUUUUCCGUCACCCCGGUACGUUUAAAAUAUCGAAAAGAAGUUUCAAAAAAAAUCCAUUUUUAAAUAUCAGUCCGAUAUUACAUAAUAUACUCGUAGCGAUUUUUUAGCGCGUGGGUUUUAUUUUUGUUAAUCGUAUUCCGGCCAUAUUCGGCUUUUAUUAACCGGUCAACUUGUUAAAUGGAAAUUGAAAAAAUAUAAAAAAUCAAAAAGUUAAAAAUAAAAAGUUUAAAUUUUCAGACCGCCGUUUUGUUAUGAUCCUUUUUAAAAAAAAAAGUUGGUUAUCACUUAUUACCGUCGCACACAAUACUCGAGCGUUCGAAAAAUUUGACAAAGGUCGGGAAAUAAAAUAAAUGAAAAAAUGAUAAUAACCGAAAAAAAUUCAAUCUUAAUCUGCGGUGGUUUAUAAUAAAAGUCGACAUUUUUUUUUCGGUCUGACAGAAAUUCAACGGAUUCGCUUAGUUAGAAUUUUUUUUUUUUUUCUGCGGGGUGGUCUUAACAUAAAAUGUAUCAUCACUAAUUACCGGAUAAUUGGUCGGAGGAAAAAACAACUAAAACUUAUUAAGUAGAAAAUUAAAGUACCGUCCGAUUUUUCAGUAAGAAGCUUAAAUUUCGGUUGAAGGGGGGUGAGGGGAUAAAAGACUUUCGGUUAUUUUUAUUUUUUUUGAAUUUUUUUUCAUUGGCUCUCGCGUCGUUAUCUUCGAUUUGACGAGCGGGGGAGUAAAAUAAAUAUCUCCGAUUCCCCGACGUCGUCGUCGUCGUCGUCGAAAACGACGUUUCGUCUGAUAGGAUUGCGGACUGGACACGAAAAAAAUAAACGAAUCGCUUUUCUUGCGAAAUUUCCGUCGGCCCCUAUUGUUUCCCGCGCGUGAACAAUGAAUUGAAGUCAACAAGUCGCGGACCAAGGCCGCGGUUUUGAGCGCGCGACGUAUUGGUUUUUUCUAAGCGCCUCGGGAUGUUAUCAGAACGCGUUUGGAAUUAUUUUUUGGUUUUUUUUUUUUCAGAACAUCUUGAGAAUAUCGCCCUAUUGAUUCUUGUCCGUAAUGUUCUUCGUAGACGAAUUUACCAACGUAGAGGUAGAGAAUAAUCGCGCGUGUCUGCAGCGCCCGGCCGAAAAAGACCGGACUCGUCCACCGUCGCCGCACCACCAGUAGGUUUUGUCGAUAAAAUAUCAAUAGUUUUACAUUUCCCGGCGACGAAAAUAGUAACGCGCAUAGUAAUAGCCGGCGUUGUUUACGGGCAAAAUCGGCCAACGUCACGUAUAGAAAACCCGAAUUCGCGGGUAACAACGUGCGAUAUUUUCCCGUCCGUCCGUCGGUUUUUUUCGGGUCGACUUUUAUGUAUUUUUCGGGGACGACGUACAACGGAUUCGCGUACCUCUAGCCGUCACGUUUCGCACGCUCGUGUCUCGUUUGGUAAUAGGAAUAAUGUCGAUACGAAAAAAAAAAAAAAAAAACAACUAAAGGAAAACCGAUCGCACUACGUUCUGGACUUUACGCCAAACGUGUUCGAUACUAACCGCGCGAAAUUCGGAUACACGCGAAUGCCGGCGACUCGACGCCGAGCCAAUUUUCGACGUUAUACCGUCGUGCGCGUUUGUUCGCGAUAUUGUAAUGUCGACCUCCCGGGGAGACCGGACGGUAUACGGAGAAAAGCUCGUUCGCACUCGUAAUAAAACGAAUAUAGGUGUGCGAAAUAAACGAAAGCGUACCCGCCAAUCACUUGGAUUGCCUAUUACAGCCCGCCACAACGGUGAGAAACAAUUAACGUUAGGGUUUACACCGCGGAGGGUAACAACAAUAAUAUUUAACUUACUAAAAAAAAAAAAAAUCCGCCUUCCGUACCGAAAUCCCGUCUGUUUUACAUUAUCGAUGCGCAUAUUCGAUUUAAACGGGCCGAGUCACGCGCACGGCGAAAUGGAUUUAUCCGGAUGUCGGGGACGGCACGCGAAAGACGUACAACAAUAUUCAAUGUUAUUGCGUUUCGCGCCUAAAACCUUUUCUCUUUUUGUCGUUUUUAUUCCGGAAUCGGUUUUGAUCGGGACGUUUUAUUUGUUUGUUCACAGGCAACCCUUUGCCGAACUCCACGCUCGACAACCCGUUCGUUCCCCCGUACCUCAUACAAGACUUUCCGGUCAUCCAGCGCCUGAUGGAGGGCGUGGAACGCGUGCGACAACAAGUCGAACGGGAGGAUCUCCGCGAACAGCAACACCAGAUCCACCUGGAACGCCUGCGACAGCUCCGACAACGGGCCCAUCAAAUCCGCCAGCAAGAGCGCCAGCAAGAGCGCGAGCAGCGGCGCCAGCAACAGCAGCCCGGCUUUUUGCCCGACUUGGUCGCGUCGUCCGUGGCCAUUCCGGGGCCCGCGCCACGGUUGGAACCGGAUCUUAUAAGACGACCGGAAAGGCAGCCGGCACCGGAGCCGCAACCGGAACCGGAACCGGCACCGGCACCGGCACCGGCACCGGAUCCCGUGCCACGAUCACCGCCACAACCGAGAGGCGCAUACAGACGCAAGAAACACGUCAAGGUGGAAUCGGUCAGAAUCCAGAUGUGUCCGUCGUGCAGCUUAAACGGAGGCACAUUCACGGCGAUAAUCAAUACACUUUCGACCGAUCAACAACGCGAGCCGACGUUCGACGACGAUGUAAGUAUCUCGUUUAUUUUUUCGGUCGUAUAUUUUCAACGGGUUUAGAAAAAAAAAAAAAAAAAAAACACACAAAUAUUUUAUUGUUUCUUUUCGCUUUUCGUUUGAUCCACGAUUUUUAAACAUACACAAUUUACGUACGUUAUUAGAAUACAAUAUAAUUCCAAUGAAAAUCGAUCAAACGUUUUUUUUUUUUUAUAAAAUACCUAUUAUACACGUAACGGUUAUUUUAUACGUGUGCCAUUUGUGUGUGUUGGCAGGACGAGGAGGACGGAUACUGUUGGGAAAUUAAACGUCGACUCAAGUCGUUGUUCCAGCCAUCGAAUAUCGACUCGUCCAUACUCACGGCCGCGAUGGUGAUUAUCGGUUGGAAAAUGUUCAUCAAACAGUAAUGCUGCAGUAUUAUUGUUAUUAUUAUUGAUUGAUUUUUUUUUUUUAUUAUUAUUUUUGAACGGAGAACUAAAGGGAGAGAGAGAAAAACAAAUUUUUUUCACAUAAAAAAGACUAUAUAUAUAACAAAAUAAAAAGUUCCAGUCACGGUUAUAGUGACUACAACAAACUUUUAAUAAUCUAAUCAAAUAAACCGUUGAUCUCAAAUAUUAGAAUUGUGAGAUGACUCCGUAACCGUAGCCAAAAAAUCAUAUUUUACUUUUAGUUCAUUAAUACUAUUAUCAUUAUUAUUUCGGUUUACUAUUAUUAUGAUAGUAAAUUAAUUAUUUAUUAUUAUUAUUUUAAUUUUUUUUUUUUUAACUAUUAUUGAUAAUAUUAGUGUUAUUAUAGCCGUAGCCAUAGAUAUUUUUAGAUGAUAAAGCGGUGGACGGACCGUGACUAUUAAGGCCCGACGAAAAUAUUCCACGGGUUACCGGGACGAUUAAACGCGGUAAUUGCGGCCCGGCGUGUACGCGGCGUUUUACUGGUAUCGCGCGACAAUAUUUGUCAACGAUGCGGACGUAUCUCGCAUACGCCGUUGCGGUUAGAUUUCCGGCGAGAACCGCGUGCGAUCCGUAACCACUAACCGGGUUUCACCGCACUCGGCGCGGUAACCCGCGCCGGUAUUUGUUGUCGUUAACGAUAUUACACCGCUAAGACCACGGGUAUUGCGAAUCGCGGUCCGUCCGUAUUUCCGUCUUAAUUUUUUAGGGUUAGGGUGUUUUAUUUAGCCGGUCCGCGCGCGAUCGUUGAGAAUCAAACUGCGGCCGAUCCGCCGGCCGGUUCGGUACUCAUUGGCGCGAGCGCGUACGGACUUUUUUUUUUUUUUUAACAUAGUUAAUGUUUAAAUUUUACGCAGGCAUGUUAUUGUGCGGAUAGAUACAUUUUGUGUCUCUGUCCGUUACGUGUCGUCAUUCUCUUCCGUCUAUUUCUAUUCUAUCUCUAUUUCUUUUGUACCUAAUGUCACUUCCCAUAGAACUGAGACCCGGUCUCAGUUCCGUUUGUUCACUGAUCUCGGUAAAACUGUAGAUUUCUGAACGUCACUGCCCGAGGCCCGCAGCUCCUGUCGGUCUCGGUUUUGAAUCAGUAGGAAAUACUAUACUUAUUUAGUAAUUUAGUACAUAUACAUUAUACAUAUAUAGUAAUAUAACGAAUCCAGCAAGAUGUCGUUCAGAUGUGUUUGUGUGUGUGUGUUUGCGUGUGUGUAUAUAUAUAUAUACACACGUGACGACGUCGAGGAAUCGUAAAAAAAAAAAAAAAAAACCAAAAAAACCAAAAAAAAAAAAAUUAUAACCAUUAUGUAAAUAUUAUCAUAUAAAGGUACGCUUGCUGGAUUUCGAUCGCGUGUAAUGGAUACGAAUAUUUUUUAAAGAAAUAUUAUUACGUUGCAUGUGUUUUAAUUCUUAUUUACUUUUUUUUUUCAUUUAUAUUUUAUCAUUUUUUUUUUUUUUUAUUUAUUUUCGAAAAGCAUUUCUGUGGUGUUUAAUAAAACCCGGACGUCGCCGGGGCCAAACGCUUCGAGCUUAAACCAUUCAUCGCGAAUUUCCUCCCGGCGACGCUCCUCGUUUCGCCCAUCAAAGCGUUUCUGUGAUUGUAUCUAUAAUUUUAAUCUAAUUUUACGUGUUUUUUUUUUUUCAUUUAUAUUUUAUCAUUUUUUUUUUUUUUUUUUUUUUUUUUUUUUUCAUAUUGUAUACCGAGAGAGAAUACGAAUUAUUUCCGCGAUACACGUUGCUUCGCGCGACGUUUUCCCGGCGAUUCUUAUUACAAAUCGCGUGUAUGCAUGUUAAAGAAAAGAAAAGAAAAAAAAAAAAACAACUUAAAACUUAAAUUUAGGUAUACAUACCUAAAGGAAGGAGAUCGUAUUGUGCGUAUAGUUUUAUAUUAGAAAUUAAGUAUUCAUAUUAUUAAUAUUAAUAACAAUACACUGACAUAGUUGAUUGUUUUAUUUAGACGUAUUUGUAGCGCAUAACGAAAUAAUCAAUCGAUUAAUAUGAUAAAAAUAUUAGAAUUGUAAUUAUUAUUAUUAUUAUUAUUAGUUAUUACGGUACACAAUGGUGUUCUUAGGUUAUCGGUAGGCGUAUAAGUAUAAUAUUAUUAUAGGUUUAUAGGUGUAUAGGUUCGAUUUUACUGUAUAACGUUGGAUAUGGAUAUGGAUAUGUUUCGUGAUUUAUUGACGAUGACGAACGUUUGAAUGUCGGUGGUAAAAUAUAUUAUUAUAUGGUCAUCUCUCUCUUCUGUAUAUAAGAAAAAAAAAAAAAAAAACCUCUCCCUCACGUAGGGAGAACGGUGGGAAAAUGUCGAUUAUAUUAGAAUAACGAUUGACGAAAGACUUGUUAUAAGCGUUUUGUGAUUCGAAUUUUUUUUUUUUUUUGAUUAUUGUAGGUAUAGAAUUUUAUAUUUGAUAUUUUUUAUUAUAUUAUUAUGUAUUAAUAUUAUAUUUUAAAUGUACAUAUUAUAUCCAUUAUUUUAUCAUUAUUAUUAUUAUUUUUUUUUUCAUUUAUACACGUAUAUUAUUACUACCUAUUAUUAUUAUUACAUACAUUAUUAUUGGAAAAAAAAAAAAAAAAUUAAAUUGUCGCGUGAAACAAUCGUCGCCAAACUAAAAAAAAAAAACAAAAAACAAAAAAAAAAAAUUAUAUUUAUGUCAAUUCUUAUUAUAUAAUGUGCGUUAUAAUAUUAUAUUAUUAUAUUUUUCGGUGUUGCGGACUCGAUUGGAAAGAAAAAAAAAAAAAAAUUAUAAUUUUCGCGCGUCCCGUUCACACAAUACCUAUUAUUAUAUUAUUUAAAUAAUUAUUAUGUUUUAAGAAAAAAAAAAAAAAUACGAAAAAAAAAAGCGCAAAUCACUGCCCCGCGCUGUAGUACUGCGGCUGCGGUAUACCGACGACUGCACACACACCUAUUAUAAAUCCGACCCACCGUUCAAAAAAAAAAAAAAAAAUUGUUUUUCUCUCCCCUUAGACUAUUUUUUUUUUUUUUUUUUGGUCUACUUAUUUGUACAAAUCGCAUGAAACGUAACAUACAAUACGACAUAAUAAUAUCAUAUUGUAUACAUUACGGUUACUUAGCUCAUUAAUAAUUAUACAAUCGUAAUAAAAUACCUAAUAUUUUUUAAAUUUUUUUUUUAAUUUUAUUUUUAUUAUUAUUAUUUUAUUUUAUUUUAUUUUUUUUUUUUUUUACCUUAUUAUUGUAUAACAUACAUUAUAUUAUUAUUAUUAUUAUUUUUUCGAUUAUUAUUAUAUUGUAUUUAGCGUGCGAGUGAUGCGAGUAACGCACACACGCGUCUUACUACCGUCGUCUUUCUAUAUAUACAUAUGCCAAUAUACCGCGUACGAAUAUAUAUAUAUAUAUAUAUAUACAUUAAUUUUUUUUAUUUUCUCGACGCAAAACAUAAAAUUAUUAUUAUUAUUAUUAUUAUUAUUAUUAUUAUUACAAUAAAACACUGCUGCAGAUUUCUGUAAACUAUAUUAUAUUGUAUUAUUAUAUAUAUAUCAUAUAUUAUCGUCCGUGUAAAACGGACAAUUAUAUGUAUUGAAGAAACAAUAAAAACGUUUGUAUUUAAAGAGAAAUUAAUUGAAAACAAUAAAAACAAAA